GAUCUUUAAAUGUCUGCCCGAUGUUUGCGUUUGAUCGUAUGCUAGCGAAUGUUCAAUUUUUUCAAUCAUUUUUACAUUUUUCUUAAUUUGAAGCUUCGUUAAUUUCGCACUAGAUUCUGCCUCUAAUGUUUAUAAUAACAAAGGGGUUGUACAUUUGUGUGUUACUUAUUUUCUUGAAGGAUCAUACUUCUUUAUUGCUGAGCUCCUUAAUUGCGGACUAACAAACGAAAUAUUUUUCCAGAUCGGUUUGUUAACUACCUCUGAUUUUACCUCGAAGGACGUGGUGACAGCGUUAUCGUUCACUUGCCCUAUGUUGUUGUUCUUUUCACGAUACGUUGGUUUUAUCCACUGUUUUCCAGUCAUAAAAUUUGUCUAUAAUAGCAUACAAACUGAUUACGAUACGCUGAAACAACCGGUUGAAAGGAAGAUGUUAAUGGAGCAUAUCGAUGCCUCAAAACGUACUGUCCUCAUCUUCUUACGGGCGUGUUGCUUAGGAAUCGUUAGCAUUGUGUCACUGUUAUCCUUCCCAAUAGUGUUCAACAUCCUGUUACCCCAGAAAGGAUCGCGAAACAGGUACCUAAAACUCCUAGGAUUCAUCGUUAAUCAGGACAAGUAUGUCGAUUUGGUAACCCUGCACGUCAUACUGACGACUGGGAUUGGAUUGUUGGUGAUAACGUGCACCGAAUCGACGCUCUCCGUUUGCGCGUACUACAUAUGCGGACUGUUUCAAAUUACUGGUUAUCGCGUACGAAGCACGAUUGCAGACGCAGCCAAACGGGUCGACGUUUCAGAGGGUGGCGUGUCGGAUUACAGUGGCAUUCGUGAGGCUGUAACAGUACACAAAAAAUGUAUUAAGAUUAUCAACGAAAUAGUGACGAAGAUGAUGGUGUCUUAUUUAGUAGCGAUUCUACUGGUUGUAAUGUCGUUCGGUGUAAACCUAUACCAUUGUUUUCUAGGGUACGUGGAAAUGGGUGAUCCACAAGAACUUGUUCUUUCCACCGUAAUAGUGGCCAUCCAUGUAGUAAUCAUGUUCUUGAAUAAUCUUAGUGGACAGCUUAUAAUCGACAAUAGUCGGUGCGUCUUUUACGAAACAUACAAUUCCAUGUGGUAUCGUACUCCACCGAGUAUGCAGAAACUGGUCUUGAUGAUACUGCAUCGUAGUUCGAUCGAUUCUGCGUUUAACCUUUCCAGUUUAUUUAUUCCAUGCUUCGAAGGCUUUUCGGCGAUGUUGAGCACGUCGUUUUCGUACUUUACUAUGCUAUAUUCGACUCAGCCGAGUGGUUAGAUCUAAUCAUCUUCCUUUGAACGAUAGACCUUCAUUCGUAUGAUAAACUGUAGUGAGUGCCACGUUCUGAGGAACCAUAUGUACAGACAAAUAUUGAUUCUAUUUUUCAUAAUUCAACGCUAGUGUAGAGUCAUUUCAUGAUCACUCGUUGAUUGGAACACCCUGAAGAUAUUGCGGGGGCAACACUUCAUCGCAAGGAAUACUCAUUCAUGAAUUUUAAGCAGUUAUCGUGCAUCAGAAAGAAAAUUUAAACUUAACGAUUCGACGAUGCACACUUCCAUUGAUAUCACUGUGAGUCAGAAUGUGAGUUAUAUCGUAAACUACCUCAAAGAAACUCCUAAACUCCUAAAGGAUUUUUACGAGACGCGUAAAAAUGAUGAAUUUAAAAUGUCUAGUUCGAAGUUGGAGACAUUGUCAAUUGCAUUUUAUACAAUUUUUAUGUGUUACUAGUAAGUCAUUAAGUUAUUUAUCAAAGUA